AUGGAAGGGAUUUUAGUAAAAUGGUUUAAAGAGGCUCGUGACGCUAAUGUACCUGUAAAUGGCACCAUAUUAAGAGAAAAAGCUCUAGAAAUCGCCAAUAGACUUGGUUUAAAAGACUUUACAGCUUCCAAUGGCUGGAUUGACUGGAUGAAAAAAAGACAUAAUCUUGUGUAUAGAUCGCUCUCCGGAGAAUCAUCAAGCGUGGAUGAAGCUACAAUAGAAGAAUGGAAGAAAAAUUUACCAAAUUUGACCAAAGGAUACAAGCCAAAGGAAGGAUUCAAUGCAGACGAGACCGGACUUUUCUUUAACCUUCUGCCGGAUAAAAGUUACGUUUCUAAGGGAGAUUCCUGCCACGGAGGGAAGAUGUCAAAGUUGCGUCUUACGGUUUUACUAUGCUGUAAUUCUGAUGGAACAAAAUGCCUGGAUGUUCUGCAUAUGACUGCCGUAAUAGUUCUGAACAAGGGUGUACCCAAGGAUCCUGAACGAAGAAAACUGUGGGUAUCUAAAAUUAAGCACAUAAAUUGGGAACCUCCUGAAUCUAGCUAUUUGCGUGAA